AUGGAGAUGAGCCUGGACGACAUAAUAAUGCAGAACAAAUCGAGCCGACCACGUGGAGGAGCCCGUGGCGGCAGGUCACCGCGUUCUUUCCGAGGUGGUACCAGUGGGCGCAGACCAGGUGGUGGUGUCAUGCGUGGCCGUAGCCGUGGCGGCAUAUCUCGCAGCAGCUCCUUCGGAGCCAGAUCACGGUCCAGCAAUUUCAAGCGAGAAGCCUUCCUCGGCAGCACAUCGCCGCGCAAGUACGGCUCGGGAUCGGACAGCACGAAGCUCAUCGUGUCGAAUCUCGACUACGGCGUCACCGACAGCGACAUUCACGAGCUGUUCAGUGAGUUUGGCCAGUUGAGGUCAGCAGCUGUGCAUUACGACAAAUCCGGGAGGUCCCUCGGAUUGGCAAAUCUCACCUUCGAGAGGCGGGCCGAUGCCAUCAAGGCAAUGAAGCAGUACAACGGCGUGCCUCUGGACGGCCGUGAGAUGAACAUCGAGCUGGUCACACCGGAGUUUCCCGCUGGCAGUCCUAUCCGCGGUGGAUCUCGUCUAGGCGGUUUCAAGGGAGGCCGCGGCAGCAGCAGCAGCAACAGCAGACCAUCGCGCGGAGGGCCCAGUGGCAGAUCUCGCGGCGCUAGGCGAGGUGUCGUUGGCAAACCAGGCGGAGGCCGCCAACCCAAGAAAGCCCCUACGGCGGAGGAGCUCGACGCCGAGCUCGAGGAGUACGUUAAGAACAAAGUGUCCGAAGGCGCCUAA